AAGACCACGCACUAGUUUCUUGUUAUCUCUUUUAUCUGUCCAUAUCAUGAUCCAUAGAUCAAAAUUCAGUUAAUCAGAAAUACCGUGGUUAAAAGUCUUAUGCUUUCUCCAUAAGCCGUAUAUCACUUUCAUAAAUGGUAAAAGGUUCAGUCUACCAUACAGCCAAUCUUAUCAUCAUUGCUAACAGUCAACCGAUGAUAUCUUUUGUCCAGUUAGGAAACCCAAAAGGAAAAAGCUUACAGUUCAAACCUUCUUGGUCGCGUGCGUGAUUGCAAUCUGCUUUUCUUUUGUCAAAGUCCACUGCCAUCACUUGCAUCUUUGUAUCAAAGGAGCAACGGGGAGAAAUAUUUUUUCUUCCUUGGGCGUUGCCGUGUCAGCAUGGGAGCAUAGGAAUAUGUAACUUCAAUUAAGAAAUGAUUUUUUGUCUACAUAUUUGCAUGACCUCGAGAUAUAUCCACAUGGUGAUCUUCCGGUUGAAGUCAUACUACCAACCUAAUUAGACGCGAAAUUUGUACUAUGAAGUUAGUAAAGCAUCCUAAUGUUGUUCAGCUGUAUGAGGUGAUGGGAAGUAAAGCUAGAAUUUUCAUUGUUCUGGAAUAUGUUACUGGCGGAGAGCUUUUUGAAAUCAUUGCCACUAGUGGAAGGUUGAAGGAGGAUGAAGCACGCAAAUACUUUCAGCAAUUGAUCAAUGCAGUUGAUUAUUGCCACAGUAGGGGAGUGUAUCACAGAGACUUGAAGUUAGAGAAUUUGUUGCUUGAUGGUGCUGGGAAUCUCAAAGUAUCUGACUUCGGUUUAAGUGCUUUAAUCGACCAAGUGAAGGCUGACGGUCUGCUUCAUACAACAUGUGGAACUCCCAACUAUGUCGCUCCUGAGGUGAUCGAAGAUGGAGGCUAUGAUGGUGCAACUGCAGAUAUCUGGUCUUGUGGAGUAAUCCUCUUUAUUCUUCUUGGCGGGUAUUUACCUUUUGAGGAUGAAAGCAUCAUCUCCCUGUAUAAAAAGAUCUCAGAAGCACAGUUUACCUGUCCCUCUUGGUUUUCCGCGGGAGCUAAGAACCUGAUUACCAGAAUUCUUGAUCCUAAUCCUACAACUCGGAUCACCAUUCCUGAGAUACUGGAAGAUCCUUGGUUCAAAAAGGGAUACAAGCCUCCUGUUUUUGAUGAGAAAUACCAAAUUAGCUUGGAUGAUGUUGAUGCUGCUUUUGGAGACUCAGAAGACCAGCAUGUGAAAGAGGAAACUGAAGAUCAGCCAACCUCAAUGAAUGCAUUUGAACUGAUUUCACUGAACCAAGGACUGAAUCUAGACAAUUUGUUUGAGGCAAAGAAGGAGUAUAAAAGAGAGACAAGAUUCACCUCGCAAUGUCCUCCAAAGGAAAUCAUCACCAAGAUUGAAGAGGCUGCAAAGCCACUUGGAUUUGACAUUCAGAAGAGAAAAUACAAGAUGCGGAUGGAAAACCCAAAGGCAGGUAGAAAAGGCAAUCUGAAUGUUGCAACUGAGGUUUUUCAAAUAGCCCCAUCCCUACACGUUGUUGAGCUCAAGAAAGCAAAUGGGGAUACUCUGGAGUUUCAAAAGUUCUACAGAACUCUGUCGACCCAACUGAAGGAUGUUGUGUGGAAGUGCGAUGGUGAGGUCGACGGUAACAGCGUGGUGGCAUGAAGCGGCUUCUUCUGAACUUUCACAAGCCGGCGCUAGCUUUCCUUGUACAUAGUUUCUCCUCGGGAUGAUUGGUGUUCAUUGCAGAGUCGGUUUUGCAAACAAGUUCGUUCGUUGGUUCCUUGAUUUGUUGGCAGAUAAGCUCCGAUGAAACAACGGUCGUGAAGGCUGUUGCAGAUGAGCUUAUCGACGAGUUCUUUGGUUCAAUUUAUGAUCUGGAAGCAGAUGGAAUGGGAGCCACAAGGCUGUAUUGUAGGGUCGUAAUAGCAGAAUCAGAUAAUGUAUUGGAGUACCUAUUUGUCAGUUCAAUUACAGUCCCCUAAAAUUUCUUUA